UUUUUACCGGUUCCGUGUAUGAGCUCGUGAGGAAACAUAAAAUUUGGAAUAAUUAUGAGAAUAAUUUUGGAAUGUGUUGCUGAUUGGUAAAAGUUGAUCGCUCUUGAUUUAGUUUUUUUUUCGUGUGACUACAUAUAAAGAUGUCUGCAACGAAGCAGCAACAGAAUGUCGAGCACAAGGAGAAGAAGAGGAAAGAGAGUAUUCUUGAUCUCUCGAAGUACCUUGAGAAGAACAUAAGGGUGAAGUUUGCUGGAGGUAGAGAAGCUGAAGGUAUCCUCAAAGGUUACGAUCCUUUACUCAACCUGGUGCUUGAUAACACUAAAGAAUAUCUUAGAGAUCCAGAUGAUCCGUAUAAGUUGAAUCAAGAUACUCGUAUGUUGGGUUUAGUAGUAUGCAGAGGCACAUCUGUAGUGCUUAUUUGUCCUGUAGAUGGUAUGGAAUCUAUUCAAAAUCCAUUUAUACAACAAGAAGGAUAAGCAGUUUUGUCUCUUUACACAAGCUAAGUUUUGUCUCUACACAAUUAAUACACAUUAUAUUUUCGAAAGAA